UCUCCCACAGCCAGGCCCCGCCCACCGCGGAAACACACUUUUAUGUGACACAGGCGAGCGUGUAUGGCGUGGAGGUCCGAGAAGCGAAUUAACUGAGUCAAGCGCUUCCAUAUCUCCUUAAACGUCGUGGGGAUGUUCCGAGAGAAUGGCAGACGAGCAGCAUCGUAAAGGUACAAACUGAGGGGGAGCUGCCGUUUGUGUGAUGGAGGUUUCUGCUGACUCGGAACCAUCACUGCCACAACAUUGGUUGUAAAGUUGUGUCUUCAUGUGCAAACGCACGGGAGCAACAUCAGUGACAGAAGUGCUCCAAAUGUGUGACCCCAUUCCCUCAUUCCCCCCACUUGAGGAAACUAUUCCCGCUUCACCUCUACAAGCUGUUCCUCAAAGAAAAUUCCUGCAACUUGGAUCCAGACAAUUGCAGAGGUGGAAGUAAUCAGCAGCUCCUGAUGUGGAUGGCAGCAGACGGCAUCUCAAGCUCCAUGCAAAAUUGACGUGAGUACAGCAGCACUGCCCACGCAGGUGCCCCCCACCGCCACAUCUAUCCUCCCUAUGGACCUGCGGUUGGUUGACCACCACCAACAGACCCCUUAUGGAUUACUUCCCCAACCACAACCAACAGCACCCACAUCCACCGCUUGUCCCACAUCCGAUGAGCCAGGCAAUGGGCCAGUCGUUAAUCACCAAGCGCAGCAGCUGCAGCAGGAGCUGGUGGCUCUGAAACAAAAGCAGCAGCUCCAGAGACAGUUACUUAUCGCAGAGUUUCAGAGGCAGCAUGAACAGCUGUCGAGGCAACAUGAAGCCCAGCUGCAUGAGCAUAUCAAGCAUCAACAGGAUUUAUUGGCAUUGAAGCACCAGCAAGAGCUGUUGGAGCACCAGAGGAAGAUCGAGCGGCAGCGUAAUGAGCAGGAGUUGGAGAAGCAGCACCGGGAACACAAGCUACAGCAGCUCAAAAACAAGGAGAGGGGACAAGAAAGUGCGGUUGCCAGCACAGAGGUAAAGAUGCGACUACAAGAGUUUGUCCUGAACAAGAAAAAAGCCUUGGCUCAGCGAAACCUAAACCACUGUCUGCCCAGUGAUCCACGCUACUGGUAUGGGAAAACACAACACAGCUCUUUGGAUCAAAGCUCGCCUCCCCAAGCAGCUUUGUCAGCAUACCACCACCCAGUGUUUGGUACAUAUGACUCAAAGGACGACUUCCCAUUACGCAAAACAGCAUCUGAACCCAACCUGAAGCUUCGUUCCAGACUAAAGCAGAAGGUGACAGAGCGUCGUAGCAGCCCUCUCCUCCGUAGGAAAGACGGCCCCAUCCCUGCUGCGAAGAAACGCUCCCUGGACAUUGCUGAGUCUGCAUGCAGCAGUGCACCGGGCUCUGGUCCCAGCUCCCCCAACACCAGCUCCAGUAAUAUUCCCCAUGAGAAUGGCAUCCCUAGCAGCCCAGGAGAGGUGUCCUUGCUUCAACGGUUGGUUUCAAAGGAUGGGUCAGUCAGCCAGCUCUCACUUUACACCUCUCCUUCGCUGCCCAACAUUACGCUGGGAUUGCCAGCUACAUGCCCGGGUAGCAAUACAAUAUCAGGACAUCAAGAUCCUGAGAGUUGCCUGGCACUGUCUGCGCUGCAGCAGAGCAUUCCUUUAACCUCCCCUUUCCUGCCUACUGCCCACUUGCCCCCCUACUUGGCAUCUUCAGGUCUGGACAGAGAGGGGGCUGGAGGAGGCACAGCUGGUCAUGCUCCCCUUCUCCAACACAUGGUGCUGUUGGAACAGAGCCACAGUCCAAUGGUUGGCUUAAGCGGCCUCCCACUACCGUCAUCGUCGAUCUCUAAGCUCGUGCGAGGCCACCACCCCCUGGGUAGAACCCAAUCAGCCCCUCUGCCCCAACAACAAUGUGGUCAAGCCCAGGCAUUGCAGCAGCUGGUGGUCCAGCAGCAGCACCAGCAGUUCCUGGAAAAGCACAAACAACAGUUCCAGCAGCAGCAACACAUCAUCAACAAGAUGAUGUCUAAACCCGGUGAUCAAGGCUCAGCUGUCAGCUCCACUACAAAUGUGUCAUCCAGGCAGCACCAGAGUCACCCGGAGGAGACAGAAGAAGAACUCAGGGAGCACCAAUGUCUUUCAUCCUCUUCCUCCUCCUCAUCUUCCUCUUUGACCAUUAAGCAGGAGCCCCUUGACCCUCAAGAGCAAGAGGAGAGGGAGCAGAGGGAGAGGCAGGCUGAACACGAGCUCCUGUUCCGACAGCAGGCUCUACUGUUGGAGCAGCAGCGGAUCCAUCAGUUGAGGAGCUACCGGGCCUCAAUGGAAGCGGCGGGAUUGUCAGUGAGCUUUGCAGGCCACCGCCCCCUCUCUCGGGCCCAGUCAUCUCCAGCCUCCUCCUCAUCCUUCCCCAUGAUGGUGCAGGAGCCGGCAGCCAAGCCACGUUUUACUACAGGUCUGGUGUAUGACUCCUUGAUGCAAAAGCAUCAGUGUAUGUGUGGUAACACAAACACUCAUCCAGAGCAUGCAGGUCGCAUCCAGAGCAUCUGGUCCCGCCUACAGGAAACAGGCCUAAGGGGACACUGCGAGUGUAUCCGGGGAAGGAAAGCCACAUUGGAGGAACUCCAGACAGUCCACUCUGAACCCCAUGUUCUGCUGUAUGGAACCAACCCGCUCCGUCAGAAGCUGGACUGUUCUGCCAGUCCGAUGUUUGUGAGGUUACCGUGCGGAGGCAUUGGGGUGGACAGUGACACCAUCUGGAAUGAGGUCCAUUCAUCCAGCGCUGCUCGCCUGGCAGUUGGUUCUGUGGUGGAGCUGGUCUUCAAAGUAGCAUCAGGAGAACUGAAGAAUGGUUUUGCGGUGGUGCGACCACCUGGACACCAUGCAGAGGAGAGCACUCCUAUGGGAUUCUGUUACUUUAACUCGGUGGCCAUAGCGGCCAAGCUCCUGCAGCAGAGGCUCAGUGUCAGCAAGAUCCUCAUCGUGGACUGGGAUGUUCACCAUGGCAACGGCACCCAGCAGGCCUUCUACACUGACCCCAGUGUUCUUUAUCUGUCACUGCAUCGAUACGACGACGGUAAUUUUUUCCCUGGAAGUGGAGCCCCCGAUGAGGUUGGCAGCGGCCCCGGUGCAGGCUUCAACGUGAACAUGGCAUUUACUGGAGGACUUGAACCUCCCAUGGGUGAUGCAGAGUACCUUGCAGCAUUCAGGACUGUAGUGAUGCCUAUUGCCAAUGAGUUUGCACCAGAUGUGGUUCUGGUAUCUUCUGGUUUUGAUCCCGUGGAGGGCCAUGCUCCACCACUGGGUGGAUACAAGCUGACGGCCAAAUGCUUUGGCUACCUGACCAGGCAGCUGAUGGGCCUGGCGGGCGGUCGUCUGGUACUUGCCCUGGAGGGAGGUCAUGACCUCACUGCCAUAUGUGAUGCGUCUGAAGCCUGCGUCUCUGCUCUGCUUGGUAAUGAGUUGGAGCCCAUCUCAGAUGAUGUGUUGCAUCAAAGACCACACACCAAUGCUGUCCACUCAAUGGAGAAAGUUCUUGAAGCUCACAGUAAAUACUGGCGCUCAUUACAACGCUCUGCCUCCACGCUCGGAUGCUCUUUGAGCGAAUCCCUAAGGCGUGACGCUGAGGAGGCUGAGACUGUCUCUGCUAUGGCUUCACUAUCUGUUGCCAACAAGCACAUUGGAGAGAAGGCUCAAGAGGAACCAAUGGAAGAGGAAGCCCCCCUGUAAAGAGGCCUUAUUGGCUUUCGAGCACUGAGACUUUGUAUGAGAGUGCACUCACACAGCACGAUCUUGAUUUCAUUGCCACUACUGCAACUGCGCUCUUGUCAUGUCAAGAUGCUGUCUGACGACGGUGAGCGGACACGCUGUGUUGGUGCAUUCACUGAUUAACUGUGCGCAGCACGGUUAGCAAAAAAAAAGAGACAUUAUCUAUUCAGCACUACCUUCAUAUUCCAUAAUUACAAAAUUUAGUGCCAGUACUUUUCGAAAACUAAUUCCACAUUCUUUGGUACGUUUUAGAAUGCCAGUCAAAAACAUGUACAGUUUGCGUUCCCUUUUUUAGAUUGUUUUUUUUUGUGUUAAAGCUUUCAUCCAUCAGAUUGUGAUCCUGCAUCAAGGGUGGAUCACCCGUGCUCUUUUUUUCUUAGCUAACGGAAAGAAUGGAACAAAGAAGUCAAUUUGUCCACAUUUUUCCAAUCCCUUGUCUGCAAGUGUUGUUCUCAUACCGGAAUUACUGACCGUGAAAGAAAUGUGUGCCUUUAUUUUUGUUAUUGUUCAACUAGUAUGGAUAGUUUGAGUACAAUAUGCCUUAAAACAGGCUCAAUUAAAAGGGUCUCCAAUCCAACUACGCUAAUGUCUGACACAUCCAAUGUGUGCAUGUUAGUGGCACAGACUUAGCAUGUUUACCUUUAAUGCCCUGCAGCUUAUCUCUCCUUUCAUUUCCAUUUGCAUCUAAUCUUGGAAGGUGAGAUCCAGCCAUCCGUUCAGUCUUAACAUUUCAAAACUACAUUUAAGUGGGAGAUCGUGAAGUAGCAUGCACUGUAAGACCUGUGAAAACUGCAUUCUUGUCUUUGCAUUGUGUAGAAUGUCACUUAUCCAUCCACUGAAUGACAACACUUUUCUUAAAAAGACACCCCGGCGAAUAUUUAAACAUGUGAGGAUGGAAACGUGUGUUUUUGACAACAUUGUUUCCACAAUAACAAGGACCAAACCACCAGAGAGUUUCCAGAGGGGUGCAUCAAGGCCGCACGAGCGCAGCUGCUUGAACAUCUGCUCCCCAAAUGUCAGGUGUUAGAGCAUGUGGCAGGUGUGUGUACAUCUAUGCAGUUCACCGCACAUUUCCAAUGUUUUUUGGAGGGUUUUUUUUUUGCCCCAAACCCCACACCACCGCCCCACACCCACCCCGUGUCGCCUUAUUUCAGUGGUUCUCUAUUAUUUUCUGUCAUGCCCCCACUGGGCAGAAAUGUUUUCGCCCCCGCCCCCAAAUUGGAAAUACUGUUGAGACAUUGAUAAUAUCAGUUUAUUUAUCUGUACUGUACAGACUGAGCUCACACAUGUUGGCAGGUGUGCACUAAUAUUGGAAACACUGCCUUAUUUGGAGAUUUUGAGACUGAUCAAACUGAUCAAGCUAGCAUUAAUUAUAAUGAAAGAAAAGUAGAUCAUAUAACAAAUUUGGAAUUUAAUUCAUUUAUUUUUUAUUUUAUUAUCUAACAGUCUUUUGUGGCUAAUUUGUAGAGUCCAUUUUUUGGGGGCAGCUACUUUCUCUCCUGUGUCAUCACAGCUUAACGAAUAUUGUCAGUAAACACACUGUGAAAUUUGUUGUCGUUUACUGGACGUUUGGACACGAUCGCCCUCAAUGUUCCUGCCACGCGCUUACGACAAAUGACAUUCUUUCCAUUUUUCUCCGUCUUUGCAGGGAUGUUGACUGACUUUGUUUUGUAUUUUGUAUCAUUUUGUAUAUUUUGUUCAUAUUGCCUUCUUGGUGUCUGUUACAAUGCGACAGAUGAGGGUUCCGACAUUUGGAAAUAACGUGCUGUUCUGGAUUGAGGGUUUCUGUGGGAAAUGUUUCUACUUUGUAUACAAUUGUGUAUUUACUGUCUGUUCAUAGUAGAGUUAUAUAUGAAAAGAAACGAUUAUAUUCUAUAACAAGUAUGAAUGUGUUCUUACGUGUAGUUGGCGCUUUGUUACUGAAGGCACCAUUUGCAGUCCUUGGUUACAGCUUGUUGUUUGAUUGUGCUUUUUAUUAACUGUCUUUUGGUCCAUGAUGACAAGUUGGAGACAUUCAUUCCUGUGGCACCAGAUCUUUGUCGCCAUUGCCUGCCGACCUGCUUCGCAUAUUCACACACAUACAGUGGAUCCCCACAGAUUUGCAGGAAAAAAUAUAUUUUCUGAACUGACGUAAGGACGUGACGUCUUCUGGCUUCAGCAGAAUUAGCUUGUUGAAGCGCUAGUCUGACAACCAAAUGCUUGGCUGCGACUCCUAUUCCGUCUGUUCUAUCGAUCAUCAAGCAUCAUUAUCCCUCAUUAGUGGUGCGUACCGAUACAUUUUAUCAUUUCAAAUGUGUUUAAUACCGGAUUGAGCAUUUAGCUUGUUAGCGUCCGAGUGACAAUGGCAGAGGAUUCUGUAGCUGAACCGAAUCUAAUAAUUACAACAGACAGCUUUAUUGCAAAUAAAGGAGCAGGGAGCGUCAACACCUAGCUAGCAGGAGGGUAGAAAAAUAAAAAAAGACAUUUUUCUGGCCGUAUUAGUUACUUUUUUGCCAUUUUCUGCUGGUGCCGGAUGGUAACCCCUGCGAAAAGCAGGGAUCUACUGUAUUUGUACUUUUCCAAAUGUCCUUGUCUGUUUUUGUCUGUAGAUUUUUGAUUGUAGAAGAAAAUGCAUUUUAUAUGGCACCUGUUACAUUUUAGUAAUUCCAGAAACCUGAGACAAUAUUAAAUUUGAUUUUUACAAUUGC